UUUCAGAAGACAUAUUGUUCGCAAAUCAGGCUAACUCAGGAUCUCAUGAGUCAUUCAUAGCUUUGCUCACAACGAUCUCUAUAUAAUGGGAAAAAUUGACCGAUUCGAGAUACUACUGAAUAAUCCAGAAGAAGCAUAUUUUGCGGGUCAGGAGAUAUCUGGAAAGGUCAUUAUCGAUAUCAAAGAGCCAAAGAAGGUCAACGAAAUUUUAUUAGAGUUGAAAGGACGAGCGCGUACAUAUUGGACCAAACAUUCCGGAAAGUCCCGAAAGCACUGCUCACACUCGGAACCAUAUUUCUUGGAGCAGUUUAACACUGCCUAUACACAUAAGUUCUCCGUGACAAAGAAUGGGAAGGAGAAGGAGCGUGUGCUACCGGCUGGAGUCCACGAAAUCCCAUUCUCGUACACACUGCCAAAAUCGUUGCCGACAUCGUUUGAAGGCGAAUUCGGACAUAUUCGAUAUACUUGUAGGGCAAUUUGCGAACGUCCAUGGGAUUUUGAUAUUGUUACAAGGAAAGCAUUUACCGUAAUAGGAAUCGAGGAUAUUAAUUCGGAUGCUCGACUGAAUGAGCCGGUCUCAUCGAGCGAGUCCAAUCAUACGGUAGCAUGGUGCUGCCGAUCAAGUGGAAUGAUAACUGGCGAGCUGAAGUUGGAGAAGUCAGGGUUCACUCCAGGCGAGAAAAUGAGUGUUUCUUAUAGGGUAAUAAAUAAUAGUAGCCGGUCAAAGUCGGUAUGUUUGAAGUUUCUACAGAAUACUGUAUACAAAGCGAAGACAUUCGCUGGUCACGAGCAAGUAAAGACUACCACACGGGUAAUUUUGAAAAUGGAUCAACCAGAGGUUCCUUCAAGUACCACAUCACAAUGGAUGAAAGUAGAGGUACCUGUACCAUCUCUGCCACCUCGGUUAGGAAAAUGCAAAAUACUCUCCGUAACUUACAGUAUGGAUUUAGAGAUCGACCAAACAUUGACAGUAUCGUGUCCGGUAGUGAUAGGAUCAAUACCUCAAUUGAUUGAAUUGGUAAAUCAUACAAAAACAAGAAAUGGUAAAAGUAAUCUACGUGAUUCUCCGCCAAAGAAAGCAUCAUCACCAACCAGUGAUAGCUGUGUACAGGUGACAAUUACUGAUGAAUCGGGUCUGACUGUUAGCGGUGAACAAUGCGAACAAUUAAGUAGUGAAAUGGAAGCGUUGUUAUCGUCACGGAAGCGAGUUCGAAUGCCAAGUUCAAUAUUAUCCGAGCUUUAUCCUACAAUGCCAAGUCCUUACUAUCGGGAGUCAUUUUUUGGCGCAGUCGACAUUUCCGAUGAAAAAGAAUGUGCACAAUAUGGAGAGAAGAUGUAUGCGCCUAAAUAUCCAUUCUACACUGACUGAACAAUGUUUCUGUUCGCAGUAGGACCCACAUGGUUUUAUUGUACUCUGUGUUGAUUUUGUCUGAUAAUUUGAGUUGUUGUUUAUUGCCAACAUAAUUGCUUAAAUGUGCCUACUA